UAUUUACUUUAAUCAAAAGCAAAUGACUUAGGUAAUUUAGUUCUCUGCUGUUUUCAAACCCAUCAGCUUUCAGCUGUCUCUUUUUUGGCUGUCAUUUCUUCUUCACUGUAGCUUUUCUUAUUCUUCAUUCCAGUCUGGCUGGUUAACACCAUUAAAAGGGAUCACACCCUGAUGUAGUUUAGAAUAGGAUUCAAAAUUUGUAGUAAACUUUUAAGUUCUUUAAAUGGAGCAUUUUGAAAUGCCUCACCCCCCCCCCCCAGGGAUUCUAAAAGCACGUUAGGUCACAUAUAUGUGUGUGUGCAUGCAUGUAAACACUCACACUCAACUCACUCUAAGACAGCUGGACCUUGAUGCUAUUUGAAAACUGGCACUCUGCCAGAAAGAGGGCUGGGCUGCUGUUCUUGAAAAGAAACACCAUACUUCCUCUGCUUUUGUUGACUGAAAUGAUGAUGCUUAUAUUGUUUGAAUCUAACUGAGGAACCUGAGAGUGCAUAUAAAAUUGGUGAUCUUUUGUAGUAGAUAUAAGUAGCACAAUACUGGGAACUGAGUCCCAUUCGAAAAUUUUUUAGGUUUGUGGAUAACACUUCCUCUCCCUGCUCCCUCCCCCUUCAGCUCCUACAGAGGUGAGGGAGUUUCUCAUUCAUUCCCAGGGAGGGAACAGUGUGAGAGGAACACUAGCAGCUUCUCUGCUAGCAGAAGAGAGAAGGGACUCUUUAUGUUGGCGGGUGCCACAUCUAUGUGGGCUUCCUGCUGUGGACUGCUGAAUGAGGUCAUGGGAACUGGAGCUGUCAGGGGACAGCAGUCAGGAUUCGCAGGAGCCACUGGUCCAUUCAGAUUUACACCAAACCCUGACUUUUCCACCUACCCACCAGCAGCUACAGAAGGGCCUAAUAUAGUUUGCAAAGCCUGUGGGCUUUCAUUUUCAGUCUUUAGAAAGAAGCAUAUCUGUUGUGACUGCAAGAAGGACUUUUGCUCCAUUUGUUCGGUCUUACAAGAGAAUCUCCGUAGAUGUUCUACUUGUCACUUACUACAGGAGACGGCCUUUCAGCGCCCUCAGUUAAUGCGAUUGAAAGUGAAAGAUCUACGGCAGUAUCUCAUUCUUAGAAACAUCCCAAUUGAUACUUGUCGAGAGAAGGAAGACUUGGUCGAUCUAGUGCUCUGCCACCAUGAACUAGGCUCUGAGGAGGACAUGGACACAAGCAGUCUGAAUUCUUCCAGGUCCCAGACGGCUAGCUUUUUUACACAUCCAUUUUUUACAAACUAUACAGCCUCCUCUGCUACUGUAUCUCUGCCGUUCCAGGGAGAGCUUAUGGAUGGAAACCGGACUUCAGGAUCUGGAGCGCUGGCACAGGUACACAGUGAAAUAGCUUCAGCAAACACUGAUGAUGAUGAUGAUGAUGAUGAUGACGAUGAUGAUGACGAUGACAAUGAGGAUGAAGAAAACUUGGAGGAGCGGACCCCUGGUCUCUCUAGAAAGAGAGUGAGAGCUUCUUUGUCUGAUCUGUCAAGCCUUGAAGAUGUCGAAGGGAUGAGUGUGCGCCAGCUGAAGGAAAUUUUGGCUCGGAAUUUUGUCAACUUUUCUGGCUGUUGUGAAAAAUGGGAGCUGGUAGAGAAAGUAAACAGAUUAUACAAAGAGAAUGAAGAAAACCAGAAGUCACAUGGUGAGCGGCUGCAGCUACAGGACGAGGAGGAUGACAGCCUGUGUCGCAUCUGCAUGGACGCCGUCAUCGACUGCGUCCUGCUUGAGUGUGGCCACAUGGUCACCUGCACCAAGUGCGGCAAGCGUAUGAGUGAGUGUCCCAUCUGCCGGCAGUACGUGGUGCGGGCCGUGCACGUGUUCAAGUCCUAAAGCCAAGGGCACACCCAGCAGGACACUAGCCCCCUACUUGAUCCCAAACAUUUCAGUGCACAAAAGGGACUGGAAGUUGUUCAAAGGCUGAAGUUAUUUUUAAAAAUUUUCACUACUCAUUAUGGACAGAAAGUUUCACCCUGAGGUAAGGAAACGUUGGUCCAUGCCAGAAGCUUGUCUGCCUGUGGACAAACCAAGUGACCCUGAUUCUGUCAGGUUUUAUUAUACAUCCCAUGAUCACAGAUUGUUGAAGUCAGUUGUUUACAACGUAUCAGCUACUGCUUUCUUUGGAGGACACUUACCCUGGUUUCCUAUUUCUCUUCCAUCCUAUUUUUAACUUAAACUGCUCAGUUGUUUGAAACUUUGUUCCCUGGGAAUAAGCUCACUGUCCACAAGUGACUAGUGGCACCCACUGAGAAGCGGUCCCUUGGAACGUUCAUUCCCUUAGUCAUGAAAUUGUAAAUGCUAAUAAUUGAUGAAUAUAAGUUUCCAUAUUUUUGCUAUUCCCUGCACUUAAACAUAAUUGGGAACAACUGGCAUUCUGUCACCAGGGCCUAGACUAAACCUGUUUUUGUUCAGGUAUGGCUUUUUAUAGCAAGGGCUGCAUCUAGCUGAUUUCAUUAGAGGAGUGUGGGUGUUCUUUAUUAAUGUGUAAUUAGUUUACACUGUUUUGUAGAGUGAAAGUGUAUUUUCAGUGGUACCUGCUAGCUAAUUUCAACUUUAGGCAUAAAAUUAAAAAUUAGAUUUUAAAAAA